AUGUUUAUCAAGGGAUACUCUAUAGCAAGUGUGGCAGAAAUGGGCUGUUGUGGUUGCUUUGGAUUUUCAUUAAGAAAAAAGCACAAAAAGACUCGGCCCAGGACACACAUUGGGAAUCACAUUUCACAGGAAUUACUUCUAAAUGAAGAAGCAGAAGAAGAAGAAGAGGAAGAACACGAAGAAGAAGAAGAAGAUGAUGAUAAUUGCUCAUAUGGUGAUGACAUAUCCGACACUGAAAAAGAUGAUCAUGUUGAAUUCAAGAAUCCAGCAAAGAGAUCAGAAGACAUUCUUUUAUACAGAACACAAAAUGGAUUGAUUUGCAGGGAGUUCCCUGUCAAGGAAACACACAAAGUUAUCCGCUCAGAGGAUGAGAAUGGAAACAAAAUGGUGAAUGAGUAUGUUCGUGAGUAUAAAAUCGGCUCUGGUAGCUAUGGAAAAGUGGUUCUUUACAGAAGCCAAGUUGAUGGGAAGCAUUAUGCAAUUAAGGCAUUUCACAAGUCUCAUUUAUUAAAGCUAAGAGUUGCUCCAUCAGAAACUGCCAUGACUGAUGUUCUUCGUGAGGUUUUAAUAAUGAAAAUGUUAAACCAUCCAAACAUAGUAAAUCUGAUAGAAGUGAUUGAUGACCCAAACACAGAUCAUUUCUACAUGGUUCUUGAAUAUAUCGAGGGCAAAUGGGUCUUUGAGGGAUCUGGACCUCCAGGUGGCUUAGGAGAACAAGUUUCAAGGAGUUAUUUGCGUGAUAUUGUAUCUGGUCUUAUGUAUCUCCAUUCUCAUAAUAUCGUGCAUGGUGAUAUAAAACCUGAUAAUCUUCUUGUUACUGCCACUGGGACUGUAAAGAUUGGUGAUUUCAGUGUCAGCCAGGUUUUUGAGGAUGAAAAUGAUGAACUUCGUCGUUCUCCUGGAACUCCAGUUUUCACUGCUCCAGAAUGUUGUCUAGGUCUAACUUAUCAUGGAAAAGCUGCUGACACGUGGGCAGUAGGGGUUACUUUAUACUGUAUGAUUCUUGGACAAUAUCCUUUUCUUGGAGACACACUCCAAGAUACAUAUGAUAAGAUUGUUAAUGAUACUAUUUGGCUUCCUGAUGUUAUGAACCCCCAACUCCAAAACCUACUCGAGGGUCUUCUCUGCAAAGAUCCAACACAGCGGUUGACUCUUGGUGAUGUGGCGGUCCAUCCGUGGGUUGUGUUAGAUGAGGGGCCGAUACGUGAGUUUAAAUGCUGGUGCAAGCGAGAGAGGGGAGAAAAUGAAAAUGUUGAUGAGGGUAUAACCGGUAAUUUUAUUGCUAUUACUGACUGACUAAAAGUAUAAGCUUAUUUGUAAUGUCAAAAUUAUUUGUUUUUUUUUUUUGUAUAGUGAACUUUUUGUUUGGUUUUGAGGUUUUUUUUUAAAAGUAAACAAAGGGAGAUUGUAAGAAAUUGGAAAGAAAGUUAAAUGUUAUUUGGGAUUUAUUUGGUUAUGAGUUGACAAACUGAAAGUAAGAAUGGAUUGAA